CAUUGGCAACACUAUCGUGACGGCCAUCGAUGUAGUCGGAAGCAGAUGUCCUGGCUGUGUCACAGCUUAGUACGUUCAAGGCGCAGCUUUCACAAUGACAUGGAAGAAAUAAACCACCUGGCAAAGGUAAAAAUAGAACCAAGGGAAAAGUUUACUCAUAAGCAGUACUUGAGCACCAUCCUGUAUCAUCCGAGUCAUCUACAAGCCUCAAGUCUCGGGCUUGUACCGUAACAUGCAGCAGGAAGCAAUUGAAACAUAUGACCAUGCAUGGGAGCGUCUGGUCAAAGCUACAGUGCACCGUGCUAUAUACAAUGCUGAACCUCGAGGACUCUCUCCGUGUCUUGAAAGCACACGAACCACCGUUCUGCAGAGCAUCCGGCAGGUAGUGGAUGAGAAGAGCCAGAAAAAUGUCUGGUUGCAUGGUUUUCCAGGCUCAGGCAAAACAUCCAUCUUGUUCACGAUCGCGGAGGAGCUACGGGCACAGGGACGUCUUGCAGGAACUUUUUUCUUCUCGCACAACAGUGUGGACACAACGAUUUGCGAUUAUAUCGUACCAACCCUUGCCUACCAGUUGGCACUUGCAUUCCCGUCGGUGAAAAGCGAGAUCAUCAGAGCCGUAGCUGAUGAUCCUGCAUUGCUAUCAGACCUGAAAUCUCGACAAGAUCAGAUUCAACGUCUCAUCAUCAAGCAUCUUUGGAGACUCCAAUUCAGAUCUCCUGUAGCAUUCAUCAUCGAUGCACUAGACGAAUCCUGUUCCCCUCUAGAGGCUGUGCGGGUGGCGCGCUUACUAGCGGAAGCCAUACGCGCCUACAGGGUCCUUGACGACAAGCCACUCGAUGCCCACAUUAUUAUAGCUAGCCGGCCCAGCCUGCACGUCGAUGGAGGGCCCCCUGGGCGGCUAGGAUUCGGAGAUAUCCAAAAAAUAUCUUUGCAGGAUGAUGAUUGGGAGACACGCACAGAUAUCCGUCUCUUCCUCGCAUGCGAACUCCAGCACGUUGUCAAGUCUCGUAAACUUAGUCUUGGAGACGUACCGCAGUGGCCCUCUCCUCGUCAAAUGGAUAAUCUCGCCGCCAAGGUCGGGAACUCAUUUCUUUGCGCAUCCAUAGCCAUGAAAUAUAUUGCCCACCCGAAAAAAUACCCUCCUUCGAGGUUGGACGCAUUCCUGACAUCACCCGGUGCUACGGCAGACGCUUACGUCGACUUGGAUCAUACGUAUCAGGAAAUCAUAAGUGGCAAUAGCGCCUUGAUCAGACAUCUGAUCGAUAUCGUCAAUCUGGCGCAGCCGCUCCCACGUUCUCAACUCUUACAAUUUUUCCCUUCUGAUAAGCACGAGGGGCUCAACCUCGCUCUGGAAGAAUUUUCGUCAAUUCUCAUCGUGUCAUCUGGUCAACCCACGAUUCCCAUCCAGCCUUACCAUUCAUCAUUAAUCGAGUUUUUCGCGGAUCCGAUGCGCUGUCAUGCCCAUUACAUCGAGCCUGCAGAGAUUCAUAGGGGUCUCGCACUCCAGUGUUUUGUGAUUCUACAUAAACUCAAGGCAAAUUUAUGCGGUCUCUCAGAUCACACAACUAUGGCCGUUGAAGACAGUCAUUUCUGGCAUACACGAGACGCCAUGCUUCCUGAAAGCACGCAAUAUGCUUGUCGUAACUGGGCGCACCAUCUGUCUCAUGCAAAUGACGAUAAGAAGCUUGUCUCCGCAUUGGAGCAAUUUCUCCGUGUCCAUAUUCUACACUGGAUCGAGGCCUUAUGUCUCCUCGGAGAGCUCAGUGACGGUCCAAUAAUUUUACGGAAAGCCCGUGCCGCAGUUGACGGAUGGGCCCCCAGUAUGCAACAUCGUGAUUUUACACUGAUAAACAGGUCGCUUGCGACUGCAGAACAAAUUAUCAUCCUUUAUUUUGAUCCUAUCAGCCUGUUCCCCCUCCAAGUUUAUUAUAUUGUAGCAGCACUAGCAAAUUUGUCCGGAAAACGUCUACAUUCAAAGUCCAAUGUGUUGGUCCACAAGUGUGGCCCGACUCCUGAUAGUGUAUAUCAAUUUCCCGUGUCUGGACUGCGGACUUCCCUGGUGAAUCCAGGACCAUCUCAAGGACAGAGUUUCAAUAGGGCUUCUUCAGAUGUUUCAGGCGUAUUGGCGGAUUGUUGUCGCUGGUUGUCAAAUUCUGAAUUAGGUGCAUUUCAUCUGUCAGAUCUAAAUGUGACUCUAGACAGUUCCUUUCGGAAUCUAGACGACCCCCCUGUGGAUUUGGAAGGUUACCUUCUGGAUCUUUGCCGACCCCACCUCGCCUUACGGUGGGUUUGCCUCCAGAUAAUUUCGGAAACCUCCCAAGAAGUCUCUACCAGUAUUCAGCCCAUCGCGUGGCAUACACAUGGAUCGCGAGUGGAGUUUGACAGCAUGACCAUCCUUGCCGAUGCAGAUCACCGUUGUCGACUUCGGGUUUUGGUGUCUGCUUCGAAGACGAAGCCCUCAAAGCCUGGUAUUAUUCUGGGGGAGUGGUUAUUCAACUUUCGCAGUCUGAUGGAGCACGCUGAUUCCAACAACAAACUCCGACUUUGUAUGUACGAUGGAACCGAGAAUCCUUCAAAUAACUUUGGGAAUCUGUCGUGUACUGUUGGGACUGUGCCAGCUUUCAGCACUAGUAAACAUGGGCAGAUCGUAGGACAGUUCCCAGGACCGCAUUCGUCAAAUUCAUCGCCCGGGAUCUUUACUGCUCCUCUAAGACUGAUCCCUAGACCGCAUCUGUCAAAUGCAUCGCCCGGGAUCCCCAUUGCUCCUCUGGACCUCACCAAAAAAAGUGGCGAUUCUCUAUUUCCUGCUGUGGCUAAAAGAUUAGAUGACGGUUUUGUCACAGCUUCGCAAGCGGGCCCCUCGUUCGGAUUGCCCUCUGUCUUGGAUUUCAACCUUACUUUCAAGGAGCCAGACGAAUAUGAGAUGCCUGACCCACCGCUUAUUCGCCAGACUCGGAUGACCACUCUCUUCCAUGACCUCAAGAGAACACUACGUGUAUUCAAGUUUAGAAACCGGCACUCCAUCGACCAUACGUGACAUUUAAUGGAUCUUCACUAUAUCCCAUGUCUCAUAACGGAGCGUUAUAGUUCAAUUGGGAUACACACUAUCCAAAGAUAUAUGUAGUAUACAUGUGUUCAUGGGCGUUCACGCUCUGCUUAUGAUUUUAUUCUAAUUGCAUGGGUCUGUUCAUAUUAGAUACUUUAUUUGAUCGUGGAUAGGUUUAAUAACAAGGAAGACAUGC